AUGGAUGAGGGUCAAUCGAGUAUGAUAGAGGCUCAGUUAGCUAAUUUAACAGCUAUGGAAGGGGAAGCUAACGCUGUCUUUCCAAAUCAGAGAAGGAAAUUAAUUGGAAAUGAGAAGACUAGCUUAGGCGAAAAUGUAUCUGCGAUAUUUCAAAAGAAACUUCCAACUAAAUGUAAAGAUCCGGGAAUGUUUUUGAUACCUUGUAAGAUAGGAGACCUUAAACUUGAUAGAGCUAUGCUUGAUUUAGGAGCUUCUAUAAAUGUCAUGCCUAGGAGCAUCUACGAUAAGGUACAGUUAGGUUCAUUAAAAGGAACAGGACUGAUAAUUCAACUCGCUGAUAGGAGUAAUGCAUAUCCUGAUGGCGUCUUAGAAUAUGUUCUAGUACAAGUAAAUGAGUUAGUCUUUCCGGCUGAUUUUUAUGUUUUAGACAUGGGACCUAAUGAUAAUUUGAUUGAUGUACCUUUACUUUUAGGCAGACCUUUCCUGAAGACCGCUAGAACAAAAAUUGAUGUUCAUAAAGGGAAUUUAACUAUGGAAUUUGAUGGUGAGAUAAUAAAAUUUGAUGCUAUGAGAUAUCCCACUGAUAUUAAUUCUGUGUUUGCCCUUGAUGUAAUUGAUAAUUUUGUUCAAGAUGUUUAUGAAUUAGGAGGGGAUGACGAGUUAAAAAGUGUUCUAGUUAAAAGCAUUUUUGAUAUCAAUGAGCAUGAAUGCAUCAUUUCUGAUUCCUUAAUUAAUUCGGUUUGUGUAUUAGACUUGCCCACAUUGACACGCUUCAAGCCGGUUCUCCCUAGCCUUAUGGUGACUGAUAGGCAAGUUCCUUCACUGAUUGCACCACCUAAAUUGGAGUUAAAAGAGCUGCCAGAAAAUUUAAAGUACACCUUUUUAGGUGAAAAUCAAACCUUGCUAUUAAUAGUAUCAAAUGCCUUAACUGAAAUGCAAGAAUCCAAGCUGCUUAAAGUUCUUAGGGAACAUAGAGAAGCCUUCGGUUGGACACUAGCUGAUAUUAAGGGACUUAGUACGACUUUAUGCACUCACAAGAUUGCCUUAGAACCAAACUCGGUCCCUAAAAGAGACCCCUAA